ACAAAACCCAAAAUAAGAGUUGCAUAUAAAAAUGCAAAAUUCUCCUAAUCUCUGCAGAUACAAAGUGGAAUCUACAAAAGUAGAAUAAAAUAAUAAUUAAACAAGUUUUAACAAGUUCAAGACAACACACAGUUUCGUCUCACGUCUUAUUCCACCAAAGUUUCAAAAUCUUUCGCUUUUCAUAGCUUCACAUCUUCAGCGCCGGAAAUGAACCGUGACGGCGCCGGAGACGGCGACUCUGUUUCACACGAACCUUCAACAUCUAGAAAUCCCAAAAAUGGAGAAGAAGAAGAGACUAAGAAGGAAAAAGACAAUGAGAAGACGAAGACAGUUUCGUUCUACAAGUUAUUUGCAUUUGCAGAUUCCUUUGAUGUGUUAUUGAUGCUCUGUGGCUCAAUCGGAGCUAUGGGGAAUGGUGUUUGUUUACCAUUCAUGACAUUGUUGUUUGGUGACCUCAUAGAUUCCUUUGGACAAAAUCAGAACAACAAAGACAUUGUUGAUGUUGUCUCAAAGGUUUGUCUUAAAUUCGUCUACCUUGGACUUGGAACACUGGGAGCAGCCUUUCUUCAGGUGGCUUGUUGGAUGAUCACGGGAGAGAGACAAGCCGCGAGGAUAAGAAGUAUGUAUCUGAAGACAAUUCUGAGACAAGACAUUGGAUUUUUCGAUGUCGAAACAAACACAGGAGAGGUAGUUGGCAGAAUGUCUGGAGAUACUGUUCUCAUACAAGACGCCAUGGGUGAGAAGGUUGGGAAGUUUAUUCAGUUGGUAGCUACGUUUGUUGGUGGAUUUGCUUUAGCUUUCGCUAAAGGAUGGUUACUAACAUUGGUCAUGUUAACUUCAAUUCCUCUUCUGGCAAUGGCUGGUGCAGCCAUGGCGAUGAUAGUCACUCGAGCUUCUUCCCGGGGACAAGCCGCUUAUGCAAAAGCAGCAACUGUUGUUGAACAGACAAUUGGGUCUAUCCGAACGGUUGCUUCUUUCACGGGAGAGAAACAAGCGAUAAACAACUACAAGAAGUUCAUAUCUUCGGCGUAUAAACAAAGCAUUCAACAAGGUUUCUCCACCGGCUUAGGACUGGGAGUGAUGUUCAUGGUGUUUUUCAGUAGCUAUGCUUUGGCUAUUUGGUUUGGUGGGAAGAUGAUAGUCGAAAAAGGGUAUACCGGUGGCGCUGUGAUCAACGUGAUCAUCAUUGUGGUCGCUGGUUCAAUGUCGCUCGGGCAAACAUCUCCAUGUCUAACCGCGUUUGCAGCGGGCCAAGCAGCAGCGUAUAAGAUGUUUGAGACGAUCAAAAGAAAGCCUUUGAUUGAUGCUUACGACCUAAAUGGAAAAGUUCUUGAAGAUAUCAGAGGAGAUAUCGAACUCAAAGAUGUGCAUUUCAGCUACCCGGCGAGGCCAGAUGAAGAGAUAUUCGACGGCUUCUCUCUGUUUAUCCCUAGCGGCGCAACAGCGGCAUUGGUUGGGGAAAGCGGAAGCGGAAAAUCCACCGUGAUCAGUUUGAUCGAGAGGUUUUACGAUCCGAAAGCCGGCCAAGUACUCAUCGAUGGAGUUAAUCUUAAGGAGUUUCAGUUGAAAUGGAUCAGAAGCAAAAUAGGAUUGGUCAGCCAAGAACCGGUUCUGUUUUCGUCGAGCAUCAUGGAGAACAUCGCCUACGGGAAAGAGAACGCGACGGUUCAAGAGAUCAAAGCGGCAACAGAGCUAGCAAAUGCGGCUAAGUUUAUAGAUAAGUUGCCUCAGGGGUUAGAUACAAUGGUCGGAGAGCACGGGACGCAGCUCUCGGGAGGACAGAAACAGAGGAUAGCCAUCGCGAGGGCCAUUCUUAAAGACCCGCGUAUCUUGCUGCUGGACGAAGCAACGAGCGCGCUCGAUGCGGAAUCCGAAAGAGUGGUCCAAGAGGCGUUAGACAGAGUGAUGGUUAACCGGACUACGGUUAUCGUCGCGCAUCGGUUAAGCACGGUUAGAAAUGCGGAUAUGAUUGCGGUUAUCCACCGCGGGAAAAUGGUGGAGAAAGGUUCGCAUUCCGAGUUGUUGAGAGAUCCCGAGGGAGCUUACUCGCAGCUCAUUCGUUUACAAGAGAUAAACAAGGACCACGGUUCGAAAACGUCAGAGAUUGCUUCGGGGUCGUCUUUUCGGAAUUCGAAUCUGAAAAAAUCAAUGGAAGGAUCGGUUAUUAGCGGCGGCACUUCCUCGGUUGGAAAUAGCAGCCGUCAUCAUUCUCUGAAUGUUCUUGGUUUAACUGCAGGACUAGACCUCGGUGGCGGUAGCAGUAGCCAGAGAGUAGGCCAAGAGGAACCUGUAACGGCGAGUCAAGAGGAGCUCCCAAAAGUAUCGCUCACCAGAAUCGCGGCUCUUAACAAAACAGAGAUCCCUGUUCUUCUUCUAGGAACCGUUGCGGCGGCGAUCAACGGCGCGAUUUUCCCGCUUUUCGGGAUUCUGAUCUCAAGAGUCAUCGAGGCGUUCUUCAAACCGGCUCACCAACUGAAGAAAGAUUCGAGUUUCUGGGCGUUGAUAUUUGUAGCUCUUGGAGUGACUUCGUUGAUUGUCUCACCGGCUCAGAUGUAUCUAUUUGCAGUAGCUGGAGGGAAACUGAUUAGGAGAAUACGAUCAAUGUGCUUUGAGAAAGCGGUUCACAUGGAGGUUGGGUGGUUCGAUGAGCCACAGAACUCGAGUGGUACGUUGGGCGCAAGGCUUUCGGCUGAUGCGGCUUUGAUCAGGGCUCUGGUUGGCGACGCCUUGUCUCUGAUGGUUCAAAACGCUGCGUCUGCUGCGUCUGGAUUGAUCAUAGCCUUCACCGCGUGCUGGGAACUGGCGCUUAUCAUCUUAGUGAUGCUUCCUCUUAUUGGUAUCAAUGGUUAUAUUCAAGUCAAGUUCAUGAAAGGAUUUACAGCCGACGCUAAGUCAAAGUACGAGGAUGCGAGUCAGGUAGCGAACGAUGCGGUGGGGAGUAUAAGAACAGUCGCGUCUUUUUGCGCGGAGGAGAAAGUGAUGCAGAUGUAUAAGAAGCAAUGCGAAGGUCCGAUAAAAGACGGAAUAAAGCAAGGUUUCAUCAGCGGGUUAGGGUUUGGAUUCUCCUUCUUCAUUCUGUUUUGUGUCUACGCGACAAGCUUCUACGCGGGGGCUAGAUUGGUUGAAGACGGCAAGACAACUUUUAAUGACGUUUUCCAGGUAUUCUUUGCGUUAACAAUGGCAGCGAUUGGGAUUUCUCAGUCGAGUACUUUCGCACCGGAUUCUAGCAAAGCUAAGGUUGCAGCUGCUUCGAUCUUUGGAAUCAUCGACAGAAAAUCGAAGAUUGAUUCUAGCGAUGAGUCAGGGACUGUCUUGGAAAAUGUUAAGGGAGAUAUCGAGCUUCGUCACAUAAGCUUCACUUAUCCAGCAAGACCAGACAUUCAGAUCUUUCGCGAUCUUUGCUUAACCAUUCGUGCUGGAAAGACGGUAGCUUUGGUUGGAGAAAGCGGGUCAGGGAAAUCAACAGUGAUCUCUUUGUUACAAAGAUUUUACGAUCCGGAUUCUGGACACAUAUCUCUAGACGGAGUUGAGCUCAAGAAGCUGCAGUUGAAAUGGUUGAGACAACAAAUGGGACUGGUGGGACAAGAACCUGUCUUGUUCAACGACACGAUCCGAGCCAACAUUGCUUAUGGCAAAGGAAGCGAAGUGGCUGCGACUGAGUCUGAAAUCAUAGCUGCCGCAGAACUCGCCAAUGCACACAAAUUCAUCUCUAGCAUACAACAGGGUUACGACACGGUGGUUGGAGAAAGAGGGAUUCAGUUAUCGGGAGGACAGAAACAACGGGUGGCUAUAGCACGCGCCAUCGUGAAAGAGCCGAAGAUAUUGCUUCUGGACGAAGCAACGAGCGCUCUUGAUGCGGAAUCGGAGCGAGUGGUUCAAGACGCGCUUGACCGAGUGAUGGUGAACCGAACCACGAUCGUGGUGGCCCACCGGUUAUCAACCAUUAAAAACGCUGAUGUCAUUGCCGUCGUUAAGAACGGUGUGAUCGCUGAGAAAGGAACUCACGAGACGUUGAUCAAAAUCGACGGUGGGGUUUAUGCUUCGCUUGUUCAGCUUCACAUGACUGCUUCUAAUUGAUAUAUAUAUAAUAUUUUUGGGUUUGUGAGAGUUAAAAACUUCAGUUUUGAGUCGCUUGAGUCAAAACUAGGCUAUGCGUGUAUUAAAAGGUUUUAUUUUAUUUUUUGUUCCAUAACAUAUUUCUGUUGUUGUUGUAUAAUAUAUACAAUUUACUCACUUUGUUUUGAUGCUAAAACAUCAACUCUGUGUCGGACACACUUGUAAUUAAAUACGUUAUUAGCUUGAUUUUUCGUUUCUCAUAUAAACAAAGUGCCCAC